AUGAGGGAAAAGCAAAACCCGGCCGCCACGAUUUUGAAAGGUCGAGGCCUCACGCGGAGCUCAGAACGACGUGCGCGAGGCGCCGAGUACCCGUAUUCGCGGGCCCUCGUAGCAUCGGACUCGCUCUGGUGCAGGUACGACGCGUUCGCAGUUCGUUGGGAGCGGACGCAGACAGAGGACGCAAGCGCUACCCCGCCAGAACCGCGUUCACAACGUUUUCUGACAUCCCGCGUCCCCCGCGUUCGUCACCAGGUUGGCUUCGAGCGGGCCCUGAGCACGAUGCCCGCCGCGAAAGGCAAAGGCGGGGCGAAAGCCAAAGCCGCCGCCAAGAAAUCGUCGAGCGGUAACGGCGUGGUUCCCGCCACGGCGAAGCGCGCAAGGAGCCGCGGAGGUCGACGCGAGGCGGGAAUUAACGUCGCUGGCUCCAAGAAGGACAAUCUUCCCGUCGCGGCGGCCAACAUGGACGCGCCUCUUCAGUGGGGUCGCCAGAAGGCGCGCGGCGCCGACCCGGGUGCCGAGCACGUCGACAAACCUCAGAUCAGGCACGUGCCCGAGGCGACGGACGAGGAGAACCUCGGGUUCGAGUCGCUGCUGCAGCUCGCCGACGCCGGCGUGCACCUCGAGAAGCGGGGGAAAAAGCGAGCCAAGAACAGGGGUGCUGCAAACUCCAAGGGAGGGAAGGCUGGAGGCAAGAAGGGUCAGGUGGAUGGCGGUAAAGGACAGGUCAAGAAGCGGGGCAGGGGUCCGAACAAGGUGCAGGAGUCCGAGGAGGAGAGGGAGGCUAAGCGGUUGCGUCGUGUGCAGGCCAACAGGGAGAGCGCAAGGCAGACGAUUCGACGCAAGCACGAAAUUUUUGACGACCUGAGCGGACGGGCCAAGGUCCUAGAGGAGACCAACAAGACACUGAGGGAUCAGGUCAACGCUCUGUACGACGAGAUGAAGAGCCUGGCGAGCAAGAACACGGAUCUGCGAAACGACAUCAAGGUUAUCGCGGAGGAGAAAGGCAUGCCUGUUCCGGAGUUGCCGAGGCAGCCCGAGACCGCGCCACCCCCUCGUAUGGUGCCCGCUGACGGAACGCCGAAGCCAACCCGCAUCGCCCCCAAGGUUGAUAUCGGAUCUUCGAAGCCCGCGGCGCCUGCGCAGGCGCAACCCGCUACGGUGGCAAUUUCUGUGCCGCAAAUGUGGCCUCCUCACGCUGCCUUCGCUCACUUGGCUGCGGCAGCGGCUGCUGCGAACGGCUCCACCUCCAGCCAGGCCCCGCCGAAUCCCGCCAUGAUGUGGCCACCGGCGAUGAUUCCGAACCCGUACGCCAUGUUCAACCCGGCGGCGAUGGCGGCGAUGAUGGGAGCAGCGGCUGGUGGAUUUCCACCGCCGCCCGCGUUUCAGGCUCCCACCGCCACGAACGAGGCUCCUGGGUCGCCCGUCGUCGCGACGACAGAGAAGGCUGUUGCUGCAAAAUAAGUCAGCGACAAACACGAAGGCGUACGUAUUACUCGUAGGCGCCACAACACUGAUGUACCAAUAUUUCCAGCACGCAAUCAAUGUAUCUGUAGAUAGGUUAUCUCUAUUUUUCACAGUUUGUAUUAACAACCACCUUCGUAUUUCGCUU